AUGCCCGGCGUCCUUGCGCACCUAUCUUCCCUGACGGCGGGGCCGGGCACGCUGUUCUCCCACCCCGCCCCCCACGUCCUCUUCGUCGACUCGCUGUACCACCGCGUCGACCCCGUGUCCGCCAGAGGCUGGGAAUCCCCCGUCGCUAAACCGAGCGCGGAGCGUGGACGACAGGUGGCGAGCGGCCGCAUGGACGUCUUCCUCCCGUACAGUGCGCCGCGCCCCGAGUUCCCUCCGUACGUCGAGGACGACGAAUACCCACAAGACUGCGGACUCCAGAACAUCGAGGACAUGCUGCCGGAAGAGGACGAGGUUUCCUCAAGCUCCGAUUCGGAGCUCGAGGAACAGCCCCCCGGCAGGUGGGACAUGCCCGACCCCCAGUCGGCCGAGGGUCCCAGACCCAGCCAUCCGAGACCCGAGCGCGGCGGCGCCCCGACAUCGACAUCGUCGUGGAUGGAAGAGGCCGCAGGGCGCGAGCAGCGCAUGCUCGCGGACCGGAUGCUUGCAGACAGAUUCUACAGCGCGCCCGCCCGGCGCCGCACCCCCUCGAAGCCUAGCAGCUUUGCGGCAUCCAAGCCGCGCCCCCCGCCGCCUAAGCCUCCUGCCGCCGCCGCCGACCCGCGCAUGCUCUUCCGCCCGCCUCCUCCAUGGUCCUCCCUGCCGGCGCAGCCGCCGCCCCGUCGACAAGCCGCAGCUCCAGCAGGGCGCAUGCCGACCGGCGUCUUCGCGUCGCCUUCCGCCGCGCACACGCCACGCCCCCAAGGCGCACCCGCCGCGCAGACGCGGAAGCGCAUGGUCACGCUGUCCAGCGUCCAGCACAUGCUCGACAUGGUGCAGAAGCGGUCCAGCGGCCCCGACAAGGCAGGCCGCGCGCGGGCAGCGCCCCCCUCGGUGCCUCUAGGUCGCGCCAACCCAUUCGCGCGGAGUGCGCAGGCGACUGCGGCCGGCGCUCCUCGUCUCUCCCUACCGAAACGAGCCGCGCCGUCUGCCCUGGCUCCAGCUCUCGAUGGUCAGCGGCCCGCCGGGCGUGCGCGUUCGCCUGAGCCAGAGGGACACCCGAGGCCGCGGGCGUCCCCGAGGCCUCCAGCAAACGCGCGGACAGACCACGCACGGCCGGGGCCGAGCAGCAAGAGCGUCGGCAAACGUCCUGCCCCACCUCCCUCCCCAGCACCCUCCCCAACACCCUCUCGGGCGUCGUGCGGAACGUCUCGCCCGGAUCCCUCGCCGUCGCGCCCCGCGAAGAGACUGAAGCCCAUCACGACGCUGACGGUGCCGGACUGGCCGGGGGCCCGGAUGAAGCCUCUGUCCGAGCACAACCGCAAGCUGCAGCCUCCGACCCCGUCCGCUGGCACGGCGCCGAAAGCGCAGAGGCAGACGACGCUCUCUGCCACGACUGGCGCCCGAGGGUCUGGCGGGGAGCGGACGCCAGACGACGUGGCGGGUGCAAAGGCGCAGGCGCAGCGGCGUGUCCCUGCGCCGCGUCCUGCGCCCAGACGCCUGGAGGUAGCUGCACUGAAGCUGGAGAGAGGGCAGAGCAUAGCGGCCAAGCCGAAGGGCGGCGGGACGGAGAAGGGAGGGCGCAAACCCUCCGGCGGGGGCACAGGGAAAGCCUUCGACUGGAAGGGAUGGAGUGCAGGAUGA